UCGUAGACCAAUCGCAUUUCUCGAUAUAAAGUCCCAAACCAACAUCUCUGUCUUCCUCCGAACUCACUCACAAUGGCUUCCACUACAAACCCAGCUCUGGACCCAGAUUCCGACACUCCGGAUAACCCGGGUCACGAGUUCGCUCAAUUCGGGUUGGGUUGCUUCUGGGGAGCCGAGCUCCGGUUCCAGCGGGUCGUCGGCGUGGUCAAGACCAAGGUCGGGUACUCCCAAGGCCACGUCCACGACCCGAAUUACAGGCUGGUCUGCUCCGGAACCACCAACCAUUCCGAGGUGGUUCGGGUCCAGUUUGACCCGCAAGUCUGCCCAUAUUCGGACCUGCUUUCUGUCUUUUGGUCUCGUCAUGAUCCAACCACCCUCAAUCGUCAGGGUGGAGAUGUGGGAACUCAAUAUCGAUCGGGAAUCUACUACUACAACGAAACGCAGGCCCGUCUAGCUGAGGAAUCGAAGGAAGCAAAGCAGAAGGAGUUUAAGGACAAGAGGGUGGUGACAGAGAUUCUUCUAGCAAAGAGGUUUUACAGGGCAGAGGAGUACCAUCAGCAAUAUCUGGAGAAAGGAGGAAGUAAUGGCAAUAAACAAUCUGCUCAAAAGGGUUGUAAUGAUCCUAUUAGAUGCUAUGGUUGAGAAACUAAUGCAUUGUGUAAUGAUCAAACUCUUUGCUGGUUUACUUACUAUGUAAAAUAAAUACUAUACCAGUUCAUUUAUGCAAUUAAGCUCAAGG